GACGCACAUACGUCAUGUACUUGCAGGCCUACGUGACGUGCGAGUCGUGAAUCAACCUAUGAAAUCAACUGAUGUUGUGUCUAAAUUAACUCCCUACGUGAUUUCCCAAGAUUUUCACGCUGCGAAAUGUAUGAAGAAAUGUCAGUAGAAAGAAACUGGACGGACACCGAGACGAGGGCGCUGCUGUACAUCCGACAGGACGAAGACAUUAAUAGACAAAUCAGCGGAACGGUUCGCGACUCUCUUAUUUACGCUGAAAUAUCAAGGCUUCUCCGCGCGCAAGGGAUCCACAGAACCAAGCGGCAGGUAACCACCAAACUGAAAACACUCAAGCAGAAGUUCCUGAAAAUACACGAGCAUCACAAAAACAACGGCCACGGCAGAGUGUACUGGAAUUAUUAUGACCUCUGCAAGUCCAUCUGGGGCAGCAACCGCCCCGCAGACGCUUUAACACUUCAUAGAAACGUGAAGCUCGAAGAGCCGCAGAGUACGUCCAUCGAGGACGCGCGGAAUGAGCGCAGAUCCACGGACAUCGAGGAGGUGUCUGUCAGUCACGACGAUGACAUGACAGACGUGGUCGCUCAACCUGUGAGGAAGAAGGCCAAAAAAUGUUCCGUUACCGACUCUGUGAGAGCUCAAGAACCUCUCCACGUGCAAAACCAGAGGGAGUAUGAGGAACGAUUGCGAAGGGAAGCCAGAGAGGAACAGAAGGAGGACCGGACGAGUCUGAUGGCCAUGUGGAAGGAGAUGAUGGAGUUUCAAGGGAACCUCUUAAAGGAGUUCAUACACCGCCCAUCUCUGCCUUCACAUCCAUCUUACCACAGACAUGCUCUUCACAACCAAGUACACUCUAGUUUUCCAAGCACUAGCUACAUGCCACCGUACGACUCUCCAGGAGCUGAAACUGAGAAUGAAAGUGCAAUCUCACAUGAAGAAGAAGAGGAGGAGGAAGAGAAAUAUGUUAUUCCAGCUGAGAUUGCACCUGUUAACCUUGGAAACGACAGCCAAUCAAACACAGCAGAGACUGUUUCCCCCCCGCCUACCCAAUCAGCAGGAAAGAGCGAUCUGGAGAUGUCCGUGCUACGCAGACAGGAAAGAGUCUUACAGCUUCAGGAAGAGUACUAUUCACUCAAAAUCAACUAUCUGAAACACAAGAUGGCCAAGGAUCCAUGACGGAAUGCUAAAGAGGAGUCUUUCAAGAUGUGAAAACUUGCAAAUGUAGAUGUUCUCAGCUGAACUGUGGAAACUAUUAGUGUGUAUUUGUCUGUGCACCUCAUAUUCCUUGUAAAUCUUAUUACAUAUUUUGACCAGAAGAUGGCAAGGUGGUUACUUCAUAUUUCCUGCUGUCAUCAUUAGACAUGUGCAAGACAGAUUUCAUUUUUAUGGCAAUUUACUAGCAGUUGUCUUUGAGGCAUUAUUAAGCAAAAUUGUCUCCAUUUUCUCAACUAAAUGUUACUGGUCUUUAUUGUAAAUGAUUCAUUAGUUU